GCUGCAGAAGAAGAAAGAAUACCAAUGCAGUUAAAAUUAUUUUGCACGCACCUCCUAGCCCUUUUCCUUGCCCUGCUCCUCUGGGUCCUAAAGCUGGUGGCUUCACGCUGGUGGUGGUGUGGAGGUGUCACAGUAAGCUGUAAGCAUCGCUGGAGAAAAGUUGCCAUCACGCUGCCCACGCUCCCCCAGCCCCUGGCAUCUGAGACCAUCCCCAGUUGAGAGGUUCGGUCCAUUCUAUCCCCUUGGGCGGUCCCAAGUGUCCUCACAGAGAGGGUCAGCAUUUGGAAGAAUCACCCUCAGCGCUGUGCACUAGGGGGAAGGUGUGAAGAUCCCAAAGGCUUCCUUGUCUCCCCUGCUGUGCUUCUGUAUGCACUUCUGCCCCACUGACUAGCCGUGUCCUGCCUCACUAUUUCACAACGCGACAGCGGGACCACAGCUGAGCACAUCAAUACCCGGCUCAGCCCUGAAGCUCAGCCCAGGAAGCUGCUCUGCCAAAGUUCAGGUUUCACAGGGCAGGCAUAAAUGCUAGAGAAGAGGAAAUGUACAUUUGAAAACAAUCAGGUUCAGCCUGAAGAAAACAUUGGUUUUCAAGACAACUAAGAAUUAAGAAAACACGAAGAAAAUCUGAAUGCCACUCAAGUAGAGAAGGCCUGGGAAAAAGAAAUACUGAGGAAGAGCAGUUAAGAGAAAACAAAGGCAAAACACACAGCUAUGCGUGUAAAAUUUAGAGCCAGAAAAUUCACCAUGACAGAAGCACUCCCUGAAGUGACAACCGAAUACGGUUACGAGGAAACUGCUUUCACCUGCGAUGAAACUGACAUCCAAACAUUUGGAAAAAUAUUUCUGCCAAUGUUUUAUAUCGCCGUGUUUGCUCUUGGCCUUGCAGGGAAUGUAAUGGUGGUUUUGGCCAUCGUGAAAGAAGGCAGUAAAAAGAGCAUCACUGACAUUUAUCUCCUGAACUUGGCUGUCUCGGACCUUCUUUUCGUGAUCUCCCUCCCCUUCUGGGCCUCCAACACAGUGAGGGGAUGGACCCUCGGCACUAUCCCUUGCAAAGUUGUGUCCUCACUGUAUUACAUUGGUUUCUUUGGGGGCAUGUUUUUUAUCACUGUGAUCAGUAUCGACAGAUACUUGGCCAUUGUCAGGGCAACAUAUUCCCUAAAAUCCAGAACAAUUAAGCACAGCUUUCUGAUAACCUGCGGGGUAUGGGCAACAGCAAUACUGGUUUCGGUGCCACAUUUUGUGUUCUCCCAGAUGUUAGAAAAUGACUGCAUUCCUAUUUUACCCCAGGAGCUGAUGAACAUCUGGCCGGUGUUCUGCAAUGUGGAACUGAACACCGUAGGCUUUUUCAUCCCAGUCUGCAUCAUAUGCUAUUGCUACUGUGGGAUCAUCAAAACCCUGCUGUACUGCAAAAACCAGAAAAAAGCACGAGCCAUAAAACUGACCUUGGUUGUGGUGAUUGUGUUUUUUCUCUUUUGGACCCCCUACAAUGUACUGAUUUUUCUUGAGACUUUAAGGCACUAUGAGUUAUUCAUAAGUUGCAAUCAAAUUAAAUCACUGGACUAUGCAAUGCACCUGACUGAAACUGUUGCGUUCAGCCACUGCUGCCUCAAUCCUUUUAUCUAUGCUUUUGCUGGGGAAAAAUUCAGAAAGUAUCUUCACCGUGUCUGCUUCAAGUACUGCCCAUGCCUGUGCUUCUGUGGGCCCUGCAAUACCUACCAAGUCCGCCCUUCAGCUAGCUAUGCAGAAAGCAUGGUGAACAGCAACAUCACCCUCAACACCAGUGACCAGGAUGGAACUGUCUUCCUCUGAAGCAAGAAUGUCUCACUGGAAAAAGAAAUCUGUGUAGAUAUGCCUUCUGCAGGGCUAGCACUGCCAGGAGACCAAUGUUAGCCAUUGCAAAAGACCUAUGACAGCACUGAAGUACUGACGUGCUUCUUGUUAAGCAUUAAAUAUUCUUAAAUAGUGAAUAUUUUAAAAACAAAAGCAGUACAAUAUGUCAAGGCUGAACACUGAAGUGAAGAGGGAUCAAGAGAGAGGUAAAGUAGAAGCAAAAGCAGCAUCCUUUGCCCAGAACAGCAUUGGAGAAGAAUUUAAGGAUCAGGACACUGUUACACAGUUUUGUCAUCUGCGCUUCUGUGUCCUUAUGUGCACAUGGUAUAAAUGUACACAGACCUUAACUCCUUUUUUGAGAUCUCUUUAAUGAAUAGUAGCUGACUGUUAGCAAAUGGGACUAUUUUUGUAGCUAUAUAUUGAAUUAUAUCCAUAUGGAAGAAAUUUUGUGGGGUUGUUGAUUGCAACAAAUGUUUUUCCCGUGCUUUCAUAACUAAUAAAACCCUAAAAAACAGA